AUGGGCAUUGAUCUUGUUUCUUAUCGUUGCUUGAGUUUGAAUUUUGAAUUCGAUUUAAAUAAUUUUUUUGGUCAUGUAAAUAAUAUCAACAAUAUCAUAAAGGUACCUCCGCCGUCGAAACCUACAUCUCCGAACACUGUUUCAUCGAUUUUGGAGAACAAAUCGGUGCAACAGGGUUCCCCAAGUCACCAUGCAAGCACAAGUAAGGUGGAAGAGGAGAGUAUUGAAGAGGAGUUAGUUGAUGAAAUACCCAAAUCUGCUGAAACCCUAAGUCCCAAACUUGUGAGGAAAUUAUGGGUGGAUGUUCUGAACGAUAACAGGAACCCAGCGAAGGGUAGAAGUAUGACUUUCACAGCUCCAAAGAUCGUUAAUGGUGAGAUUGAGAUGGAAAUCGACGAUGAAGAUGUAAUCUCUGAACUCAAUUUUUGGCAAUCUUCUCUUGUCUUAUAUGCUUUGGGUGGAGAACUUAACAUGAAUGUUGUCAAGAACUUCAUGGUUAAGAGUUGGAACUUUCUUCAACUUCCUGACAUGUAUUACCAUGAAGAAGGUUACUUUAUCCUUCAAUUCAAGACAUUCCGAGAACGGGAUGAGUGUUAA